CCCGACCUGCGCCCGAGCAAUUGCGCUUGCGCGGUUAGGGCGCCUGCGCGAGGGCGGAAAGGAAGAAGAUGGCAGCGCCAAGCUUCCCCACGCCGCUGCAUGGGCACGUGGGCCGUGGCGCCUUCCGCGGUGUGUACGAGCCCGCGGAGGAUACGUUCCUGCUGCUGGACGCGCUCGAGGCGGCGGCGGCCGAGCUCACCGGAGUAGAAAUAUGCCUUGAAGUAGGAUCAGGGUCUGGAGUUGUAUCCGCAUUCCUAGCUUCUUUGAUAGGUCCUCAAGCUUUGUACAUGUGCACUGAUAUCAACCCUGAGGCAGCAGCUUGUACUCUGGAAACGGCACGCUGUAACAAAGUCCACAUCCAGCCAAUAAUCACAGACUUGGUCAAAGGCUUACUACCAAGAUUGAAGGAAAAAGUUGAUCUUCUGGUAUUUAAUCCCCCCUAUGUUGUGACUCCCCCUGAAGAGGUAGGAAGCCACGGAAUAGAGGCAGCUUGGGCUGGUGGCAGAAAUGGUCGAGAAGUCAUGGACAGAUUCUUUCCUCUGGCUCCAGAUCUCCUUUCACCAAAAGGAUUAUUCUAUUUAGUUAUCAUUAAAGAAAAUAAUCCAGAAGAAAUUUUGAAAACAAUGAUGACAAGAGGUCUACAAGGAACUACUGCACUUUCCAGGCAAGCAGGCCAAGAAAUCCUGUCAGUCCUAAAGUUCACUAAGUCCUAAUUUACAGUGUGUGUGUAUAUUAUAAUGAAUAUAUAGAGAUAGAAUAUAAUCAGCAUACCUUGAAACAAAAUCAUUUCUUGGUUAACAAGUAAAAUUGUCAGAAAUUUGUCAUACAGAAAAAGCUGGAAAUGUAGGGCAUUCCCUUUUACUCAGGAAUCAAGGAUGAGAAAUAUUUGCAUAAAAUAAUUUGCAUUUUAUAUAUAAAAGAUGUUUCUAUUACAUAUGAAAGAAUAUUAUUCUUUUCAGCAUUGCCUGUAAUAGCAAAACAAUGAAGUCUACAUAAUGUACAUCAGUAAAUGGAUUGGUAAAAUAAAUUACAGCAUAUUCAUGUCACUGAACAUGGGUGAUUUAUCUAGCCAUUAAUUAUGAGUCAGGUCUGUAUGUACUGAAGCAGAAGGGGUUCAUGAUGUACUCUGGAGUGAAAAACAAGCUGCAAAACAGUACUAUCAUAUCAUUAUCAUAUUUUAGGAAAACCAACAGAGAGUGUAUCCUUGUUAUAAUAAAAUCUCAAGACAAAUGACAAGAGAGAACAGCGACUUUCACUCCUGUGGUAGCAUUUGCACAAUAAUAACAUACUAUAUAAUUUUUUAAAGUUUUAAUCUAAAAUUUCUUUAAAUUUACUUUCUCUUGCUCAUGUUAGAAAAAGCAUAAAACCUAAAUGUGAUUUAUUCCCACCAGGACGUUUAAACAUUUUAACAGUAAGGUAUUAACAAAGGGCCACAUGGUGGAAAUAUGCCGGGAAGCUGCUCAGGCUGAGAGAGGGGGAGGGGAGGAUUGGUAAGAGCCUGGCUAUACCUAUUUUGAGUUUUUUAAAUCUACCAAUGAAAUUAAGACAAAUGUAAGAGAAGGCCCAAUGUGGAUAUAAUUAGCUUACGUGACCUCUGGGAAAGAAUGUGAACCCUGUAGUACUCAGCCAAUGAGGAACCAGGGGAGGGAUUCGCGUACUAGAGAAUGAAUUACUUGUGCCAGCUGCCCCUGGUGUGCCUGCUCACUAGACACCCAAUCUUGCAAGACCACCAUUAA